AUGACUUUGAAGAAAGUCGAAUCAGAGAUCGAGAAACUGAGAGGAUCUCAAGUAGUUCUUGAUACAAAACUCACAUAUCUAGGUGGUUCAGUUGCUUAUUUAACCACCAAGUUCGAUAAUCUUAUGCAUCUCAUCAAGCAAUCAAACUUCCUUCAACACAAUCCUGAGAAGACUACUGGUUCUCAGAGUGAAACUCAUGAUGCUAGUCAUGGAAAUCGAUUUCACUAUCAUCAUUCUCGAAUACCCAAGUUAGAUUUUCCAAGAUUUGAUGGUGAUAAUCCAAGGAGCUGGAUCCAAAAGAGUGAAAGGUAUUUCAAAAUCAAUGAUACAGAAGAGCACUUAAAGGUCAAUAUUGCUUCGAUCUACUUAGAAGGUAAAGCUGAAAAGUGGUUCUUAAAUUUUCAAGUCAAUAGGCCUCGUAUUACAUGGUCUGAUUUAUCUUUUCAUAUUUGUGCUCGAUUCGAAAACCCCAUUGAGGAAAAUUUUGUGGGUGGCUUUAAUAAACUUAUUCAGAGUUCAACAGUCCAUGAUUAUUAUGAGGAGUUUGAAUCUCUGAAAGCCUUGAUGCUUAAUAUGAAUCCAACUCUUACUGAAUCUUACUUUAUCAUGAGUUUCCUUAGUGGUCUAAAAGAGGAAAUUGGUAAAUCUAACAACAGACCAUAUUAUUCACCAAAUUUUCCUCCUAAGCCAAUACUGAAAACACCUAAAUCUGCACCAAUUAUACCAAAGUCCUUUUCUCCAUCUCAAUCUAAAUCCAACUCUGCAAGUCCUACUAUUAAGCGACUUACUCCUGAGGAAGUGCAGAAGAGAAGAGGCCAAGGUUUAUGCUACAACUGUGAUGCAGUCUAUAGGCCAGGGAACUUUUGCAAGGGUAAACAAAAAAAAUUCAUGCUUCAAAUGGACAACUCUGAGUCACAAGAUACUGAGGAAGAGGAGGAAGUUUUUGAGGAAGCUGUUGAAUCUCAAAUUAACUUUGACAUAGAGAUAUCACUCCAUGCUCUCACUGGUACAGUUACAGGUGAAACAAUUAGAAUCCCUGGUAUUCUAAAUAAGCAUAAGGUUUCCAUUUUAAUUGACUCUGGCAGCACCACUAGCUUCAUUGAUAGCACUUUAGCUUCUACUCUACACUGCACUAUAACUCCAACUGCUUCAAUGUUGGUCAUUGUUGCCAAUGGUGACAAGACAUGUAGUACUGGCAUCUGUUCUAAGCUUCAAUGGAGUAUGCAAGGCCACAAGUUUGUAGAAGAUUUAAGACUCUUGCCAUUGGGAGGUUGUGAUAUUGUGUUGGGAGCAGAUUGGCUCAAGACCUUAGGUGAUGUGCUUUUUAACUUCUCUAAACUCAGCAUCUCUUUUAAGUAUCAUAAUAAGAUCACCUUACAUGGCUCAACACCCAACAAUUCCUUAUUGAUGAUGAGUGGAGAAGCUGUCAAGAAUUGUUUUUCCAAAACUUCACAUGGCAUUGUGGGCCAUUUAUUCUCUAUUUCUACCUCAACUACACAACCAACCACUCCACCAGAGCUUCUUCCUAUUCUUGAUGAAUAUAAAGACAUUUUUAAAGAACCUAAUCAAUUACCUCCCAAAAGAUCAUUAGACCACUCAAUUCCUCUCCAGCCUAAUGCUGCUCCUGUAAAUCAGAGAGCCUAUAAAUGUCCUUACAUCCAAAAAGAGGUGGUUGAAAAACUUGUACAAGAUAUGCUCACCACUGGAAUUAUGCAACCUAGUCAUAGUCCAUUUGCUUCCCCAAUUUUGCUUGUUAAGAAGAAGGAUAACUCUUGGAGAUUUUGUGUGGAUUACAGAAAACUCAACCACAUUACCAUAAAAGAUAAAUUUCCUAUUCCCAUAAUUUAUGAGCUUCUAGAUGAGUAA